AUGUCUUACAGCGUGACCCUGGCCGGGCCCGGGCCCUGGGGCUUCCGUCUGCAAGGGGGGAAGGACUUCAACAUGCCGCUCACCAUCUCCCGGAUCACCCCGGGCAGCAAGGCAGCCCAGUCACAGCUCAGCCAGGGGGACCUCGUGGUCGCCAUCGACGGCGUGAACACGGACACCAUGACCCACCUGGAGGCCCAGAACAAGAUCAAGUCUGCCAGCUACAACCUGAGCCUCACCCUGCAGAAGUCGAAGCGGCCCAUUCCCAUCUCCACGGCAGCGCCCCCGCUCCAGUCGCCUCUGCCAGUGAUCCCCCACCAGAAGGACCCUGCUCUGGACACCAGCCCCGAGGGGCCGGCCGGCCCGGGCACGGCGGUCAGGCAGACCUUUAGCGCCUCCUUCUCCCUCGCGGAGGCCUCUGACCCUGGUCCUCCCAGGGGCAGCCCGGGGGCCACGGCCUCGCUCAGCCCGAGAGCCCUGGGCGCGCGCCAGCCCCGGCAGUAUAACAACCCCAUUGGCCUGUACUCGGCGGAGACGCUGAGGGAGAUGGCUCAGCUGUAUCAGAUGAGCCUCCGAGGAAGGGCCUCGGGGGCCGGACUCCCAGGCGGUGCCGACUACCAGGAGCGCUUCAACCCCAACGCCCUGAAGGACUCUGCCCUGUCCACCCACAAGCCCAUCGAGGUGAAGGGGCUGGGCGGCAAGGCCACCAUCAUCCACGCGCAGUACAACACGCCCAUCAGCAUGUACUCCCAGGACGCCAUCAUGGACGCCAUUGCCGGGCAGGCCCAGGCCCAGGGCAGUGACUUCAGUGGGGGCCUUCCCGUGAAAGACCUGGCUGUGGACAGCGCCUCCCCCGUGUACCAAGCCGUGAUCAAGAACCAGAGCAAGCCGGAGGACGAGGCUGACGAGUGGGCCCGCCGCUCCUCCAACCUGCAGUCUCGCUCCUUCCGCAUCCUGGCCCAGAUGACGGGCACCGAGUACAUGCAAGACCCUGAUGAAGAAGCUUUGCGAAGGUCAAGCACCCCUAUUGAGCAUGCUCCAGUGUGCACCAGCCAGGCCGCCACCCCGCUGCUGCCCGCUUCUGCCCCGCCGCCUAUGGCUGCCUCUCCUGGCGCAGCCUCGCCACCCCUGGCUGCAACCGCUGCCCACGCUGCUGCUGCCGCUGCCUCGGCCUCUGCUUCAAGCCCUGCGGACAGUCCAAGGCCCCAGGCCUCUGCUCAGGGCUCGGCCAAGGCGACAGCUCCGGCACCUGCCGCCCACACAUACCCCGAAGCCCCAGCUGCGACUGCGCCCAAGCCUCGGGUGGUCACCACUGCCAGCAUCCGGCCUUCUGUCUACCAGCCAGUGCCCGCAAACACCUACAGCCCAUCUUCGGGGGCCAGUUACAGUCCAGCUCCCUACACCGCCUCACCUGCCCCGGCCUACACUCCUUCCCCGGCCCCUGCCAACACCCCCUCGCCCGCCCCCACCUACUCGCCCUCCCCAGCACCGGCCUACGCCCGCAGCCGGCCCCCUCGGGGGCCCCCAGCAGGGGUCCUGCUGAGCCUGCCAGCCGCCCCCCGUGGGCCACGGACGACAGCUUCUCUCAGAAGUUUGCUCCUGGCAAGAGCACCACUUCUCUCAGCAAGCAGCCUCUGCCCGGAGGGCCCUCUGCCUACGCCCGGGCCCCCACGGGCCCCCCUCGCCAGGGGCACCUUCCAGAGGGGCCGAGCGCUUCCCAGCCAGCAGCCGGACUCCGCUCUGCGGCCACUGCAACAACGUCAUCCGGGGCCCCUUCCUGGUGGCCAUGGGCCGCUCCUGGCACCCGGAGGAGUUCACCUGCGCGCACUGCGCCGCCUCGCUGGCCGACGUGUGCUUCGUGGAGGAGCAGGGCGCCGUGUACUGCGAGCGCUGCUACGAGCAGUUCUUCGCCCGCCCGUCUGCGCCAAGUGCGACGCCAAGAUCAUGGGGGAGGUGAUGCACGCCCUCCGGCAGACCUGGCACCCCGGCUGCUUCCUCUGUGCUGCCUGCAAGAAGCCCUUCGGGAACAGCCUCUUCCACAUGGAGGACGGGGAGCCCUACUGCGAGAGAGACUACAUCACUCUGUUCAGCACCAAGUGUCACGGCUGCGACUUCCCCGUGGAGGCUGGGGACAAGUUCAUCGAAGCCCUGGGACAUACCUGGCAUGACACCUGCUUCAUCUGUGCGGUGUGCCACGUGAACCUGGAGGGGCAGCCGUUCUACUCCAAGAAGGACAAGCCCCUGUGCAAGAAGCACGCGCACGCCAUCAACGUGUAG